AUGCAACAUCUUCAAGCUUCAUCUUUUCCACAGGCAGCAACACCAUCAAAUUCAAGUCCUUUUAAAUCACCAAUUUUGAUCAAACCUUGGGGAGAUGAAAUAAGCUAUGGGGGACAAUGGAGUUUGCCAGGUGUGUCUUCUAAGUUUGGCCAAACUAGAGGCCCUAUCAUUGACAUCAAUGAGAUUUCAUUCCAAUUGUUAGAUGAACUUGAUCCCUCAUUUUGGUCACUUGAGAAUUAUUUGAAAGCAGUUCAAACAUUUUCAAGUCCAUAUUAUCAAGAAUUGUCACUUGAUCAAUUGAUAAAAAGUUAUGCUGCCUCACUUUGCCUUCAAAAAAUUCAGAAGGAUAACCAUUAUUAUGAAAAAAACACACUCUUUGAAUCACCCAACUCAUCAAGUGAAUUGGGAAAUUGCCAAAAACAAUUGAUGGAAUCAAAUGGCAAGUUUACAAGUAAUGAUAAAAUGCUGCAGUUAAUUUCAACUUUACAUAAAUUGAGUGAAAUUUCUAAUCAAAUUAAAAUUUUUCAAGGUUUUGACUUGUCAGCUUUAUAUCAAUCAAGUGUUUGGCCUAAUGAGUCAAGUAUUUCAACUCUAGUUCAUUUUUUCCCAGUUUUCAACGACCUCUUCCCAUUGAAAAACACUAAUGAGAAAGCUGAGAUUUGUCUUGUCAAUUUAAAAUCAGAAUUAGAGUCAGCUACCAAUGAUAAAGGAACUAAUUUCUUAUCCCUUGGUUCCCAAGGCUUUGAAGGUUUCAUUAAUACUGUUUCCAAUGAAGUUAACUCAUGGUAUUCGGGGAAUUUGGAGACUCCUACAACACCAAGAAAGAGAUCGUUUGAUCUAGUUGAUGCUAACUUCAACAACAUUGAGGAGACUUCGUCAUUAUCACCAAUCGCAGCAGCAGCAGCAACCAACCCAGUCAAUCUCAGCUCACCUUUAGUUACUAGAACCAAAAGCCAAAUGAGAAAGAGAAGAAGAUUUAGUGUUGCCUGA